GUUAGAGACGAAAGCUAGGAUCGAAAAAGGUGAUAAAAUAACGGAAUUGAAAAAAAUGGAUUAUAACAAGCUUUUCCAAGCUUUUGUAAGUGAUUUUUUAAGAUGUUCAGAAAAAUUAUCGUGAAGCUUUUGAAUUACAAUACAAGCAAAAGCCGGAGGCUUCAGAAAAAAAAUUCAUAACAUACGUGUUCAACUUAAAGGAUCCAACUAUAAUUGAUAGUUUGAAACAAUACAGGAACGAUUCAAAUACCUACAAUACUAAAGUUUUCUUAUCCAAUGUUAGUUGUGACAAUAAUUUAAAAAUACAGUUUGUUUUUUUUAAAUUGAUUCUAUUUUUUAAUUAUCUUGUAUUGAAUAGAAGGAAAAGACUUGUGAAAAAGUUGAAGAUGUGAACGCAUGCCGUACCACGCAACUUGUUAAUCACGCAGAGAGUCCGUUGAAUCAUAUUUUCUCUUUAAGUUUAGGCCAUGAGAGAAGUGUUAAGGAAGCAGAAAGUGUUCAAGCGAAAUACAAGAGGUUUUUCAUCCUAGUCAAAAAGAAUUUACAAUAUGAAGGUUUCUUUUAGUGAUGCAGUCAGGUUUCGACAUAGUUGGUCCACUUCACAAGCAAAGCCCGUCAAAAGAGAAUCUUGUUUAGUUUUAGAAAGAAAUGAUGAAGAAAAAGAAAAAUUAAGUCCUUUUUUAUCCAGUACCCCACAGGAUUUCAGUGAAGCAUUAAUUCGUAGAACUGCAACUGUAAAACAAUUUAUGGUUUCGGAGUUACAAGAAGAUUGCAACACUACCAAAGUCUCUUCUAUUAAUGAAUUAGUGGAAGUAGAUUUGGAUGGAUGGGUUUUUGGAAGAAUAGUAGCUGAUAAUGAAGGAGGACUGAAUGAACAGUCAGCUUUAUUAGAAAUAACGGAUUUGAAUAAAACCUUGGUUUCUCGUCCUUAUGAAUUAUAUUUAAAUCGCUUGCCAUCGUAUCAAGUGUUCCCUGGUCAAAUUGUUGCUGUUAAAAUAAACAAAUUACAAGAUAACAAAAUUUAUCCUGAGCGUUUAAUUGCAGGCAUCCAACAAAUUCAUGUCGUUGACAAAAAUCAUUUAUUAUCUUUACAAUCUCAUAUUCAAAAAACACAGGAAACAACUCGUUUAAUGAUUGCAGCUGGCCCUUUUUGUUUCUCUAAAGGAUUUGAUACAACCGUUUGGGAUAAAUUUGUGGAUGUUAUUUGUGAAACUUUACCGGAUAUUGUUUUUUUACUUGGACCCUUUGUUGAUGUUAAAAAUGAUAUUAUAGCUGCUGGGGAUCCUGUGAUUCAAUUAAAUCAUCCUUCGUUGCAAUCUACCACAAUGCUUGGAUAUGGUGAUUUUUACCGUAUCAUUUUUAACCGAUUACUUUUAACUUCAUCGCUUCAAAAAUCUGUGACGUUUGUACUUGUUCCAAGUCCUUUAGAUGUAGAACACCCUUAUCCUCUACCUCAACCUCCUUUUGACUUACAAAAAUGGUCUUUUUCAAAAGAAUGUUUAUCUCAUAUUCAACUGGGAAGUAAUCCAAGUGAAGUGGUAUUAUCAAAUUUUUUGAAAGUUGCUGUUACUUCAUGUGACCCUUUAAGUCCUUUACUGACGUCUGUGUUAACAAAAGGCUGGAGUGGUGCUGAUCGUUUGCACGAAAUCCAUUCCUGUUUAUUAAAGCAACUUUCAUUUUUUCCAACCUUACCUCUUUCGAUACCCGUGAAUCCUGGGAGAUUUCACGAAAAGCCUUGUGUUUGGACUCCUACGUCCUUACCCCACAUUUUAGUGUAUAACUGCGAUAAGCUUCCGAGUGGAGGCAAGAUGGUGAAUGGACGAUUGUUCCUUAAUUGUUGUAAAUUAGCGUCUCGACGCCCAAGCUUUUUAUGUGUUGAGACACAUGAUUGUCAAAAAGAAGUUGUGGGUUCUCUUGAAGAUUUUAUCUCCGUUGAAACCGUGUAUCUUAAAUAAUCAAUGUCUUUUUUAACCUCCCUCCCCCCAAUUAAUUAUAAACAAACAUAAUUGAUAGUGAAAGAACAAACAAUGGAUUUCGUUAGCUUUACUAAAGGAAAA